ACGUCAAAGUCAUGUGGCAUCUGCAGCCAAUUACAGUGAUGAUUCAUUUCUACUUUUUAGCGCGUGUUGCUUCCGUUCUUCGACGUCAUACUCGAGAGUUCAAUGCGGAAACGAGCCGAAAAAAUGGCGGAUCGAGAAGAGCAGAGUUGGAUUUCUUCGAGUAAGAUACUAAUCCGAAACGCAGAAAACGAAGAAAUUAUUAUAUCAGUAGCUCAUUUAAAUAAAGUCUUGAACAGGCAAUUGGAACAUCACAUCACAUAUUUUGAAAAUUCGAAAGUACUGUUUAUGCCUUAUCCAAUCCAGAUCAUCAGAUUAUUUGUUACUUAUGUACGGACGGACGAUCCCGGAUUGACAUCUAUUACACACGCUUUCCAUCUGUAUCAUCUGAGUUUAAGAUACGAGUUAGAGAAUUUAAGAAAGAAAUGCAGAUCAUUUAUCAUUCGGCAAAUAUAUCUUAAUAACGUCUGUGCAAUUCACGAUUUUGCACGUAAGAUCGGUGAUCUGCUCAUAACUUAUUAUUGCUGGCAAGCUUUCGACGAACACGGAGAAAGGCUAUUUACAACAGACGACUUUAUGUGCUGUAAAAUUGCAACAAUUGAUAGACUGCUAUCUCGACCGAUAUAUGAAUCUGUCCGUGAAUUGCGUUUACUCCAAGCCGUGUAUCAGUGGAGCAUAGAAGAAGUUAAAAGAAAAUUGGGUGCGGACAACUUCCAUGCCAUGAAUGAAGAAUCGAAAAGGAAUGCAAUAAGAAAUGUUAUGGAGCCAUUUAUUGAAAAUGUUAGAUUUCUUGCCAUGGAUGAAGACGAAUUGCAAUCUUGUGUUUUUACAAUGAACUUGUUAAGCGAAGAAGAAAAGAGUCAUAUCUGGCAUGCUUUUAAGUAUAAUUAUUAUUCCUUGUAUCCCUGUUACUUCAGUCCAGAAACAAACACAAGAAGCAAAAAAAAUUAUUGUAACUUGUUCUCGUACAUAAAUCGUGGAGUUCCUUUUAUGGUCGCAAACAGAAAGAUGAAAGAUUACAUAUAUUUUAGCAGCGAAAUAGUUGUGAGGGAAGAUUGUUACGUUACGACUCUUCGAUUUCCAAUGAAGCUUGGCGAACGUUUUCCAAUGUACGUAUGCGGGUAUAUUAACGAUUUGGACAACGGACAGUUUUCGUUUGACAUUGUUUGUAAUUCAGAGGGAGUAGCAUAUAUGCAAACGUUUUUGUAUCUAGAAAAAUAUUGGUCAAUUCGUUUUUUUGCUUUCUUUUACCCCUCUGAAAAUGUUCAACCCGAUAUCGAGUUUUCACGUCAACUGAGUAACUUUGUGAGCGAAGAAGGAACAGAAGCCAGGGAAUUUGAAGACAAAUUCCUAACCUGUGACAGAAACCUUAUGAAUAAUAUUUAUUUUUCGGUUAAUUUACAUUUUUGAAGUCAAAAGUUUCCUUAGAGGAAAGCGAAAUCUAAACGAGAAUAUAAUGUAAAGUUAAAUUCUAAUGUGAUUAUUUUUUACUGUAUCGCUAUAAAAUUUCUGGAAAA